AUGAUUAGGAGAUCUCGUUUCUUCAUCCUCCUUUCUAUCAUCACAUUGUUUGCAAAAACGAUUAAUUCUCAAAUAUUAGAUCGACAUAGUUUUCCUGAUGGCUUCAUUUUUGGAACAGCUGCAUCAGCAUAUCAGUACGAAGGAGCAACAGAUGAAGGUGGGAAGUCUCCAACUAUAUGGGACCACUUCAGCCGCACUUACCCAGAAAGGACCAAAAUGCAGAAUGCAGAUGUGGCAAUUGAUUUUUACCACCGUUAUAAGGAUGACAUUAAAUUGAUGAAGGAGCUAAACAUGGACGCUUUCAGAUUCUCAAUCUCGUGGGCCAGGUUAAUUCCCACUGGAAAGCUGAAGGAUGGAGUAAACAAAGAAGGUGUACAAUUCUACAAUGAUCUCAUUGACGAGCUUCUUGCUAAUGACAUACAACCUUCAAUGACUCUCUAUCACUGGGAUCAGCCACAAGCUUUGGAGGACGAAUAUGGUGGCUUUCUAAGCCCUAAAAUCGUAGAAGAUUUCCGAGAUUUCGCAAGAGUUUGUUUUGAAGAAUUUGGAGAUAAAGUUAAAAUGUGGACAACAAUCAACGAACCCUACAUUAUGACUAUUGCGGGUUAUGAUCAAGGUAACAAGGCAGCUGGACGAUGCUCAAAAUGGGUAAACGAAAAAUGUCAGGCUGGAGAUUCAAGUACCGAGCCUUAUAUUGUUUCCCAUCACAUCCUUCUUGCUCAUGCUGCUGCAGUAGAUGAAUUCCGAAAAUGUAAAAGAAUUUCGCAUGAUAGCCAAAUUGGGAUAGUAUUGUCACCAGGAUGGUUGGAGCCUUAUCAUUCUGACUCUACUGAUGACCAAGAAGCAGUUCAACGAGCUCUUGCCUUUGAAAUUGGAUGGCAUCUUGAUCCAGUGGUUUAUGGAGAUUAUCCAGAGAUAAUUAAAAAAACAGCGGGGAACAGAUUACCUUCGUUUACAACGGAACAAUCAAAUAUGUUAAAAAAUUCAUCAGAUUUUGUCGGAGUAAACUACUAUACAUCUCGCUUCGUUAGUCUUAUUCCUCAUAUCGACCCAGCAAAGCUUCGGUGCAAGACUGAUCAUCACGUCGAAAUGACAGCGACGAACCACAGUGGCCACAUUAUUGGACCGGGAGAAGAAAGGGGCCAAAUAUUGUCAUACCCGGAAGGCUUACGAAAACUUCUAAACUAUAUCAAAGACAAAUACAAUAACAUCCCUGUCUACAUCAAAGAAAAUGGAAUCAACGAGCGCGACGAUGGUACAAAACCGAGAGAAGAGAUUCUUAAUGACACAUUUAGGAUUGAAUACCACGAGACACAUUUCCAAGCACUUCAGAAAGCUAUAGUGGAAGAUGGGUGUGACGUAAGAGGAUAUUAUGCAUGGUCAUUAAUGGACAACUUUGAAUGGGAACAUGGAUACACUGCUAGAUUUGGUCUUUACUAUGUUGACUUUGUCAGCGGUCUCAAACGUUAUCCCAAAGAUUCGGCCAAAUGGUUUAAACAGUUCCUUAAGAGAUCGAUUGGAGAGACUAAAAAAGAGGAUGUGAAGGAGACGUCACAUGCAGAGGGGAAUAAGACUCUGCAUGAGCAAGAGGGUUUCCAAGAAUCGACGGGUUCUUUUCUCUCUUUCAUGGCAGCGAACCAAUCAAGGAGAGAGGAGGAGAGAGAUCGUUGUUCGCUUGAUUUUCCUUAUUACCGUUUUGGUGUUUCGCCGGGAAUAGAAAACCCAUCGUCAUUUUAUUGA